AUGGCUUCCCCAGACUCACCUGCUGCACAGCCUCGUCCUGGAACCGAAGACGAGCAGGUCCGCCAGAGGAGGACGAUUUCCAAGCCCUGGAACAUUCUGGGAAUCUCUAAGACGAGCUGGACACGCACCCGUACGCCCUGGGGAAAGGAUGGCAUGUCCAAGAAAAAGUGGUUGAGAAAACAGGGAGUUUCUGCAUACCAUUACGAAAAGCUCGCUCGUGCUGGGGUUAUGAGGCUCCAGACGGUACAGGAGGCUGCCGACGAGGCUGCUUUUGCUGAUACCGGCGCUCCCGCCUCAAAGGACCAGGAGCUGGGCGGGAGGCGUACCCGCUCUGAGGCCCGCAUGGUGGAGGAGGACGAGGAGGAAGACGAAGACGAAGACGAUGGUAACAGCGCGAGGAGCUCCUCUGACGGCACUGGUGCACCUUGCCCCGACUCCGACUCCGACUCCGAUUUUGUUCCCUAGAGUGCAAAUAGGGGUGCCGGGGAGAGGUACGGAUCACCAUCCUCCCUCGGACUGGGGCCCUGUCCCCGCGCAUAAGCCCAGCAGCGAGGGCGUCAAAUCACCAAUGCUCUUUCUCGAGAGCCGUGAUAUAAUGAUGACACCGGAAGACCCUUCAUCCUGAAAAGAAGGAGUUGUU